AUGAUUGCACAAGAACAAAAUGCUAUAUUACAAUGGAGGGAGGAGGUAGCCCUGCAAGAUUUCGGAGAAAUGCGACAAGACCAAGGGCAAAUAGAAAAAGUAAACAUAAACGAGAACAAAUUGAGAAAAUUAGCAGGAAACACUAGUUGGAGACUUCAUUCUCAGCCAGGCCUUGGGUUUCUUAUAUACAAUGCAAUUCAGGCGGGAACAUUUUAUGAGUCACUAAGCUUUAGGUCUAAAUUGACCAUUCUUCUGUGUUUGAAUACGUUCUAUCAAUUGAAGAUUCUGGGUACGGCUAUUGAGAGGAAUACAAUUGUUCUAUUAGAAACAGGGAGCGGAAAAACACAUAUUGCAGUUCUCCUAAUGAAAUAUAUUGCUCAAAACCUGAAAAAGGAACGCAAGAAAUGCCUAAUAAUAUUCCUAGCACCCGCAGUUGCAUUAGCCAAACAGCAAUUUGAAUAUAUAACAAGACAUACAAACUUGCGAGUGGCAUGUUAUAUUGGAGGGAGAGCAGUAAAAGAUUGGAAAGAAGCAACAUUGAAUGAGGUCCUUGUGAUGACUCCUCAGAUUUUACUGGAUGGCUUGGACAGUAAUUCAUUAACACUAGAUAUAGUCAACCUCAUGGUCUUAGAUGAGUGCCAUCAUGCAUGCAAAAAGCAUCCAUAUGCUAAAAUUAUGAGAGUUUAUCAGACACUGUCUCAAAACAAACCCAAAAUAUUUGGAAUGAGUGCAUCAUUGGUCACGAAAAAGGGGGUCUCUUCCAACACUGAUUGUGAGAAACAAAUAGCGCAAAUUGAAGGCAUCUUGGAUGCUCAGGCCAUUACAGUGAAAGAUAAGCGUGAGCUGGAGUCGUUUGUACACACUGCAAAACAAAUAACUAAACUUUAUUCUUUGUCAAGUGAACAUCAACCCCUCCAAAAAAAAUUGGUUUCUCUACCCCAUUUUUUUAGGGAAAACAAAGCAAAAAACAUCAGAGCACAUAUUGAAUAUUGUCUUCAGAAUCUGGGUUCGUUUUGUGCUUUCAAGGCUGUUCAGUUAUACUGUGAAAAAGAGAAGUCACGUGAGAUUGUUACUCGAACAGUAGAAACGGAGCAAUAUGCUCUAGAUGGUUAUCUAAAGGAUGCCCAUAAACUCUUCGAAGAAGAAUUGCCAUCCGAUGUGAAUGAAUUAUUCAAGACACCUGAAGGAAUUCGGAAUACUGUCGAAGGCGGCAUUUUAAGUCACAAGGUGGAGCAGCUAGUGCAAAUUUUGAUAGAGAAGAGUGGCGAAGAUCCUAAAAAGGUUUGCUGUAUAGUAUUUGUGGAAAGAGUGAUUGCAGCUGCCGUAAUCUCAAGUUUGUUACAACAGAUUGAUUGUUUGAAAUGUCUCAAGAUUGAUUUUUUAUCUAGUGUGACUUCUACAUUUGGUAGCAAGACACAGCAAAAAGCUUUAGAGAACUUUUCUUCUGAAAAGGUUCAAGUUUUAGUUUCAACAGAUGUGAUCGAAGAGGGUAUUGAUGUAAAAAAUUGUAACUGUGUCAUCCGUUUUGAUUUACCCGUAAACAUGCGCAGCUAUAUUCAAUCCCGUGGGCGUGCUCGUCAAGAAAACUCAGAGUACAUCUUAUUUCUUCAGAGAGGUAACAAAAAGCAGGAAGACGAUUUAUUCGAUGUAAUCAAGAGUGUAGCCCUAAUAGAGGACAUAAUAUCGAGUAGAAAUGAUCCUUCUAUAAAAGAGAAAAGUACAAUUGAAAAGGAUGUACUAGUAGAUGCUGAUGAACAACUUCCAGAAGUGACACCGAUUACAAAUAGUAUGCCUUGCACUAAAGAGAAAAGUGUGGUUGAAAAAGAUAAAUCUAGAAGUUCAUAUGAAGUUGGAGAUGUUGGUGAAGAUCUUGGAGGAGUUAGUGAAAGAGAGGACAAAGUUGAAGAUGUUGAUUUUGAUCUUCAAAGAGUUAUUGAAAACAAGGAUGAACUAAAAGAGGAUGGCAAUGUCAAAGAGGGAAAAACAUUUACAAAAUCAGGUAUAUCUAAAACAAAGGAGUUACAUUCAACUGCUAAAAUAGAUGUUCUAUCUGAUAAAUGGGAUGAAGAAGAGAGAGGAGUAAUUUUGAAAGUUUACGAACUUCGUUUUACAUCUCAAUCCAAUGAUGAUAAGAUAUAUUCAAAUUUUGGCCUUUUGAUAAAAUCUAAAUUGGAUGAUGAUAUUAUAAAUACAGAAAUAGAUCUGUUUGUAACUACAGAUAAGAUCGUUAAGGCAAAACUUUUGUCAAGAGGAGAAAUGACUUUGGAUUUAACUCAGAUGAGGAAUGCAAAAGAUUUUCAAGAAAUAAUUUUCAAUGGAGUUUUCGGAAAUCUAAGGAAAAAGAAAAAAAUCACUGAAAUGAAAAAUCUAUGGUGCAGUUCGUAUAUGUACUUCCUUUUGCCCUUAGAAUCAAAUAAGUCUGGUGUAACUGCUAUUGACUGGAAAUGUAUUGAAAUAUGCGCAGCAAGAGCUAGAGAAUUUAAAUCACUUUCAAGUAUUUCAGAAGAGUACCACAAUAUUAUUGAUAUUGAUAAUAUAAAAGAGGCUCCUAUGGCAGGAACAACACAUUUGCGUAACCAAGGGGAAUCAGAAAUCUUGAUUUUGGCAAAGUGUGAUAUUUGUGAGUCUUCAAAUUUGAUAGAUAAAACAGUACUUACUGUUCAUAACGGAAUGUUUUAUCAAGUUGUAGAAGUUAUUCAUGAAAAAACUGCUAAGAGUCCCUUCCUUCUGGAAAAAGAUUCUAAUUCACGUUAUAACAGCUACAAUGAAUAUUUUCAGAAAAGGUAUAGAAAGAAACUUCAGUACUUAAAUCAACCACUUCUUAGGGUGAAGCAUGCUACGCGACCCCGUAAUUUUCUUACAAAACACCAAGUAAAGCCAGCUGAGAAUGAAGGAACAUUUGUGGAGCUUCCUCCAGAGUUAUGUCUGAAUUUGGAUGUUCCAAGUUUUGUUAUGAGAUCAUUGUGUUUGGUUCCAUCUGUUAUGCAUCGCCUCAUUUCUUUAAUGCUUGGAAACCAACUCAAUAAAGCAAUUAGGAAAGAACGCCCAGAAUGUCCCCCUAUAUCCAUUCAACUGAUAAUGGAAGCAAUCACUUCACAUAAAUGCUUAGAGUGUUACUCAUAUGAGCGGUUGGAGUUAUUGGGUGACUCCUUUUUGAAAUAUGCCAUUAGUUUGCAUCUUGUUAUGAAAUAUGAAAAUGAGGAUGAAGGAUGGUUAUCAGAUCGUAGAGCUGAGGCAGUCUGUAACAAAACACUUCAUGAUCUGGCACUGGAUCGUAAUUUACAGGGAUACAUUAUAGAUGAUCUAUUUGAUGUGCGCAAAUGGAUGGCUCCUGGAUUAUUUUGUAGUAGUUUUGUUUCCUGCUCUUGCAAUCCAAGAGAUCCUAACAGUCUCCAAAUGGGAAAAGUUUGUGACAAGAGACAUCGAUGGAUUUACUCGAAAACAAUAUCAGAUGUUGUGGAGGCUUUAAUUGGAGCACAUUUAGUUGGAGGGGGUACAAAGGCAGCCCUUGAGUUCAUGAGGUGGAUGAACAUGGAGGUUGACAUUGAAGACAAAUCAGUAGAGAUUGCAUUCAAUCGCCAUUUUGAUUGUCCUGAUGUCGUGAAAACAAGUUUGGAUGAAUUGCAAUCGCUCCUAGAUUACGACUUUGAGAACCGAUGCCUCUUAGUGGAAGCACUCACACAUGCUUCAAUGAAUGAACAUGGAGGAUGUUCCUACCAGCGGUUGGAAUUCCUAGGCGACUCUGUGCUGGAUCUUCUUAUUACUCAGCAUCUAUAUUCAACAUACGAAGAAUCAUGCCAGGGAACUUUAUCAGAUUUACGACAGAUAGCUGUUAACAAUGAGAACUUUGCUCAAGCAACAGUUGAACAUAAGAUUCACAACUAUCUUCGACAUAAUUCAGAUGAAUUACGAAAUCAAAUAGCAAAGUUUGUUGAGGAAUUUGAACAGCGUAGAGGUGGUGAUUUAUCAUUUGGAGGAGGAAUGCAUGCUCCCAAGGUACUAGGAGAUAUAUUAGAAAGCAUUUCAGGUGCAAUUUUAGUGGAUACUAGACUUAAACUAAAUGUUGUCUGGGAAAAAAUGAAACCCAUUUUGUCUCCCACUGUUAGACCUGAUAACAUUGAAUUGCAACCAGUACGGGAAUUAUAUGAGCUCUGUGAUCAGCAACAUUAUGGACGCAAUUGGAAGCCCAUCAGUAGGAUAGGGAACGUUAAUGUGGCCACUAUACAAAUAGAGCUCGAGAAAUCCAGUAUAUCUGGAGAAGGGUCAGACAUGAAUAAGAAGUCUGCAGAAAUUAAAGCUGCCAAACAUGCGUUGGCACAGUUAAAGGUAAUGGGAAUAUAUCAUGACCGUCAUACCUAUGCCCAAAGUUCAAUGGAUGCGACUGGGAAUGAAGCUCCACAUGGAUCCAAUCUCAUUGCUCAAGAGAAAAUGAUAAUUGCUAGCAGUCCACAAAUAAAUUCAGAAGUGGAUAUGGUUGUUACACUCGAUCAGUUUCACAAGGAAGAAACACAUCAGGAGGCGAAUUUAUUUUGUUGUAGCAAAUCAAUGCAAGUUAAAGACCUGGAUCCAUUUCCACAUAUGAAAUUCACUAACAAAAUGGAUAAUACGUUGUCAGCUAGGAAGCAUAAAUUGGAAGAGGGAAAGGAAGAGGGAAAGGAAGGUGUGUGUAUAACAGAUGUGCUUACACAUGAUCAUAUAGAAAGUAAUCGUCCAAAGAAGAGGGCCAAAGCUAGAAAGACAGAACUGUUGGAGGUAAUAGCGAAUCCCUUAAUAUCUGAAGACUAUAUUGGUGAUGGAAAGGAUGAUGCCAUAAUGCACAAUUCCAACAAGAAUUGCUCCCCCGGAGCUAGGAAGCAUAAACUGGAGGAGGGAAAGGAAGAGGGAAAGGAAGGUUUGUGUAUAACAGAAGUGCUGACACAUGAUCAUAUAGAAUGCAAUCGUCCAAAGAAGAGGGCCAAAGCUAGAAAUACAGAACUGUUAGAGACAUCAGCGAAUCCCUUGAUAUCUGAAGACUAUAUUGGUGAUGGCAAGGAUGAUGCCAUAACGCACAAUUCCAACAAGAAUUGCUCUCCCGGAGGUGGCUUCAUAAGUAUUCCAAAUGAGGAUAUAGAAAGUAGUCAUCCGAAAAAGAAAGCGAAGAAAGUGUGUUCCCUUCCAGGUGGCUUCAUAAGAAUUCCAAAUAAGGAUAUAGAAAGUAGUCAUCCAAAAAAGAAAGUGAAAAAAGUGUGUUCCCACCCAGUACACAUUUUUCUCAAUUCGCAACGAGGUGAUUAUAGACGCAAUUUAUAUGAAUUGUGUCAAAAAAUGCACUGUAGUGAACCUCAAUUUACAUUGGUAGAAACAUCUGACAUGCCUCACAAAGCAAGAUUUCUAUUCAAAGUGGUGGUAAAAAUUUCUAAUAAAGAAAGUUUCUCAGUCCAAGGUGAACAAGAAAGAGACCAUGCAAGUGCAAAAGAUACGGCUGCUUAUAAAAUGUUGGUAGAACUUCAAAAACAUGGAUUAUGUUCUAUAAAAACUUUCAAUAACAAUUGUGAAAAUAUCUAACAUUAACAUAGAGAUGUUAAA